AAAAAGCAAAGAGCAGCCGUCCUCGGCCAGACCCAAAUACGCGACUGCAAUCGAUCGAAUUGAGUCUACAUUUGUGGUGCGCGACCAGCAUCAUCAUUGCCACCGCUGGUGCUGUCCUGGGCCCGUGACAUUACACAGCACACGAGUACAGACCCAAAGAGCACCAGCCACUGCCGGGCGCGACUUGGGACGCGCGCGCACAAACGCAGCAGCAUGCGCCUCCUCUUACUGAUAACAACGCUGUCGGCGCGCGCCCUCCGCUUCUCCCCGCGAAAAAUCGCGAAGCCCGCCGGCCGCCUCUCGGCCAAAGUCGCGCGAGCGCCGUGGAGGAUAGCCACGCAACCGUGGAAGGUCCAGGACAAGUUCAACGCCUCGCCCAGUGCCGCGUCGGAGCUCUACAAGCCCAACGCGCCGGAAGACGACGAGCCGCUCACGCGGUCGCAAUUCCGCGUGGCGCUCGACCGCUUGGGCAUCAAGACGAGCCCCAAGGAUUUGCGGGACCUGUGGCGUAUGUUGGAUGCGGACAAGAACGAGGCCAUCUCCCUCAAGGAGUUCACGCGCUUCGUGACCAAAGAAGGUGAAGAGGAAAAGGCGCCCAAGAUUGCGGGCGAGCUGCGGGAGUCGCUGCGGACGCAGCCGGCCUGGAUUCUCAAGAAUUUGCAGGGGACGCGCGGGGCGGGCUCGUCGAAGAUCGAGAGCAUCGAGGAGAUCGACGUUAUUAGGCUUGAGUACGACGCGAUGCGCGGCGUGAGGGCGGAUUCCAAGAUCGUCUACGACGGGUCGAGGUACGCGGCCACGUAUGCUUCCCGAGACUGGCUGAAAAUUCUAGCAUCCAUCCAAAAGUCCUUCGUUGCUCGGAGGAUCGCCUCGCCUCUUCGAAUAUUGUCUCUGUGGGCGCUCACCAUCUCGAUCCUGCAUAGAGUCGUUGGUAGUGCGUCGUGGAGCGCGUAUUGCGGGGCCUCGGCUCCAUUAAAGGGCGUGGCGUCGGCCAUGGGGUAUGUGGGAAGUGCGCUCUCGCUACUCCUAGUGUUCCGAACAAAUACGGCGUAUACAAGGUACUGGGAAGGUAGGGGCGUCUGGAACCGUUUAGUUGUGGCUUCGAGGGACGCGGCGGAGUUCGCCGGCCUGUAUCGGGCGGAACUGGGCGCGGACCGGGUCCGCAAGUUAGGUGACUUAUUAUGCGCCUUCCCGCUAGCUUUGCAGCUCCACCUCCAGGGCCAGCCGCUGCGGGCGGACCCGUCGGCGGAUUUGAGGAGAGUAUUUAGAUCCAUCCAGCGCCGCGGCGGCGUCGACCCCGACAAAUCUUCGAGGGUUCCCCUGGACGCGUUCGUGGAAAGUUGCCGCUACGAUGAAAGAUUGGCGGCGCUAUUUUCGCUGCCGUCGGACGCCGACACGCGCGUCGCCUUGAAUCAAUUGCACGCUUUGAAGUACGGUGUCACGCGGCAAAAGGAUAGACCCGUCACGGUCUACGAACUGGAAACGUACUACAACCCGCUCGCCCUGCGUCGAUUGUUGCCGGCCAAGUCCGUGGCCGCUUUGGCAAGGGAACGGUGCCCGCCCCUAGGCAUAUGUCGGAUGAUCGCCCAGGAGGCUUAUGAAGUGCCGUACGAUAAAGAUUUGAGGUGGACUAGUCGCGAGCGGCUGGAGCUCGUGAAGAAGAUCAACGAAUUGAGGCAGUGCGUCGGCGCCUCGGAACGAAUUGCGCAAACGCCCGUACCGCUGCACUACGCUAGGCAUGCCUCACGCUUCCUGUCGCUGUGGUGCUUCCUAUUACCUUUAGCAUUGGUGGACCAGCUGGGCCUCUUCACGGCGCCGGCGACGGCCUUUAUUGUCUGGGGUUUGUUUGGGUUGCGGGAGAUCGGGACGUUGAUCGAGAACCCGUUUACACGAUCAUUACAACUCCAGAUCGUGUCGGACACGCUCGCGCUGGACAUCCAGAGUGCCGUCGACACCGCGGCAUUGGACGCGGCGCGGAAGCGACCGCCUCCGAGAACGAUACCAUUUCCAGAGGCACCACCGCUGCCCGCGCCGCCGGUCACUGGUAAUAAUGGGCGGAGUGGUGACGCUGGUCAUGCUGUUGGCGAGGGCGGCGCGACGCCCGGCGACGCGCCGACAUCAAGCAACCACGCGCUCGGCUAGGCCCCUUUUUAAACUUGAAUUUGU